AUGAGUCUACGAAUUAUUGGCCUCCCGCAUGGUUACCUGCCAACUCUCGAAGAGAGAAGAAUUGAAGCCACAUCGAGAGAACUCGAUACUAUCUUAGGUGAUCCAAGUCAUAUCUUUUAUCAACGAACUAUGGAACUUAAUUUCGUACGAUAA